AUGGCCUCUUUCCAUCCUGUCAACAACUCGGCCGCGACCGAUGACCACGCUAUGGAUGGUGCGACCACCCCCCGCGCUCUUCCCAACCGCGUGCAGGCCACGCCGGAUCGAUCUCCUAUCGAGGAACAGCGAUCAGAGGACCUAAAGACAAACAUAGGAAGCGAAAGCUCGCACACAACUUUUUCCGGCCAUGCGAGGACAUCUUCGUCCAUCUCAGACGAGAUGAUGAACGAUUCUGACGGAGAACGCGAUGGUUCCGACCACGAAGGAGAACCAGGAAACGCACCACCAUCGAAAAAGAAGAAAGGACAACGCUUUUUCUGCACAGAUUUCCCACCUUGCAACCUAAGUUUCACUCGAAGUGAGCAUCUAGCCCGCCAUAUUCGGAAACAUACCGGGGAGCGACCAUUUCAAUGUCAUUGUUCUCGGCGUUUCUCAAGACUCGAUAACCUCCGCCAACACGCCCAAACAGUCCAUGUGAAUGAGGACAUACCAGGAGAUUCCCUCGCUGCUACUGGUACUCGGUUCCAGCGCCAGGUACGGACCGACCGUGUACGUCCACCGGGUCGCGCUCGAGCAGGAACGACUGGCAGCACAGGUGGUCAUAGCCGGGGCCACAGCAGAAACCUAUCAACUUCAAGCAUUACCUCUACGGCCUCAACAUAUAGCCAACCUCCCGAACUUCGGCGUCGCCCUCCGCCGUUAAUGAUGGCCAACGAUCUAACCGGUCGCUCGCGCUUAGGCCUUGAUCCCAUGGGAGAGCCACCGAGUACUCCACCCAGUCAGAUUCGGGGAUUUCCGGGACCGGCAGCAAGUGGCUCGCCAUAUACACCUUCUACCAUGUAUGCGAACGGGGCAAAUGGAAGCCCUCAGUACGCCUCGCCUAUGUCUGGGGCAGCACAUGGUUUCUGGGAGGGCAAGACAGCCGCUCGGAGGCUUUCGGUACCGACUAGCAGUAAUCCAUUUUUGGCUCAACAUGGCGCCCCAUACCCUCCACCUUACGUCAACUCUUCCGCGGGUCCGCAAUACCCUAACGCUGCGGGUGUAUUUGCAAGCCCCACUAACACCAAUCACCCUCCAUCAAGAGACGAGAGCACUAUUAGUGCAGCCGAAGCUGAGAUGCGACGACGAACAUGGCACCCUUCAACGUACCAGGUAUUUGGCCGACCGUCAACUAGUGGAUUGAGUCAAUAUCAUACACCCGACACUGUUCAACCUUCAUUUGGAAGUAACAGCAGCAACAAAAAUGCUCCCUCCGACCAGCCCCCUCGACUACCUGGAAUCGAGAGCUUCGACAAAGUCGUCUCCCAACACCGUCCUCUGACUCCUCCCACUCGCAAAGCAAGCCCAAUGCAAUUGGACGGCCACGGCCGCCCACCACCAGUAAACCAUGCAUUCAGCUCGGGAUUCAACUACGCCCAACCGUCAGUCCGCCCUGCGCCCCCGAUUUCAGGUCCAGGCCACCGUCGAGGACAUGUAUCCUGGGAUAUGUCAUUACACACCAACCUCACGGGGCUAGACAUUCGAGACCGACGUUCAUCACGGGAUGCAUCGCAAUGGAGUCAACAAACCAUUGCCGAGCUUCAAAAUGUCUCAUCUCGACCCUCAUCAUCCUAUCAACCAACCUUUGGGCCUACAGCCGAAAGAAGCCCAGAGCUGAACCGGGGUCAUGCUCACAGUCUGUCAACGGGCAGUCGACCAGCACACACAUCUCCCGAAGAUUCUAGCAGCAGCGAGGGUGUUAACACUCCAUCAACUGCCUCACUUGAGUACCAUCCAGCAAUUGUACACAGCAGCGGAUAUAUUGAAUCACACGACUCAUCGUUGCCAUCCGAUCAUCACCCUCAACCGAUCUGUGGUCAACGAGAUUCUCACACCGACGGCUACCACGGCCAUUCAGAACAAGAGCCCCGAACCAAUGUCUUUAACGACUCAUCUGCCCGGGAUUCCGGCAUGGGUCGCUUAGAGGCUUUAGUCGCGGUUGCAACUAGUGAGAACAAGAGUGCCACGAAGUUGUUCUUGUAA